AGCCGUCUUAGUUAUUGUUUUAUAGGGACGGUCCAACCGCGAGGAUUGUCACCACAUUGGACCGUUAGUACAGGUGCCCGGAUUUUGCUUCCUUGCACAUUAAGUUACAUUACAUUAAAACAGUAGAGUCCACUACAAGAAUGUCCGAAGAGAGCUCAGCAAGAUCGGUCGAAGGCGCAUGUGUGAUGUUUGUACAUGCAGUCGGUAGACACUGCCCACCACUGUGUCGCGCUCCCCCAUCUUGCAUGUGGAACGUCUAGUGCCGGACGGAGUUGCACCAGGGUUCGCGGCACUGCGGGGGAAAAUCAGCGACAAUGGAUUGCUAAUACCGUUUCUGUUUUUCCUUUUAUCCAUCUGACGUCAUCCUCGAUGUCUCUCAAUAGUUUUUAACUAAACAAAAUGAGGAUUUUUUGUAAUCAGAUUUUACUGAUAUUUACUUGCACUUGGGGACUCAUUAUGGGUGCUUUUCCAAGCAGCGUUCAAAUUGGUGGGCUGUUCAUCAGAAACACAGACCAGGAGUACACUGCCUUCCGUUUGGCCAUAUUUCUGCACAACACAAGCCCAAAUGCGACGGAGGCUCCCUUCAACCUGGUGCCCCACGUGGACAACAUUGAGACUGCCAACAGCUUUGCCGUGACCAAUGCCUUCUGCUCACAGUACUCAAGGGGUGUGUUUGCCAUUUUUGGCCUGUACGACAAGCGCUCUGUUCAUACGCUGACGUCUUUCUGCGGAGCCCUGCACAUCUCUCUCAUCACGCCCAGCUUCCCUAUUGAGGGCGAGAGCCAGUUCGUCCUGCAGAUGAGGCCAUCCAUGCGGGGCGCCCUGCUCAGCAUCCUCGACCACUAUGACUGGAACCGCUUCGUCUUCCUGUAUGACACUGAUCGGGGAUACUCUGUACUGCAGGCCAUCAUGGAGAAAGCAGGCCAGAACAACUGGCAGGUUAGUGCCAUCUGUGUGGAGAACUUCAAUGAUGCCAACUACCGACAGCUCCUGGAAGACCUGGACCGCAGACAGGAGAAGUCGUUUGUGAUAGAUCUGGAUCCAGAGAGACUUUCCAACAUGCUGGAGCAGAUUGUGAGUGUUGGAAAGCAUGUUAAAGGCUACCAUUACAUCAUGGCAAAUUUGGGCUUUAAAGACAUCAAUCUGGAGCGCUUCAUGUAUGGUGGGGCGAAUGUGACGGGUUUUCAGCUGGUGGACUUCAGUCAUCCCAUGGUGAUUAAGCUCCUGCAGCGCUGGAACAAGCUGGACCAACGCGAGUACCCUGGCUCUGAUAUCCCUCCUAAGUACACCUCUGCUCUGACAUACGAUGGUGUGAUGGUGAUGGCGGAGGCCUUCAGGAGCCUGCGCAGGCAGAAAGUGGACAUCUCUCGCAGAGGCAAUGCAGGAGACUGCCUGGCCAACCCCGCAGCUCCCUGGAAUCAGGGCAUCGACAUGGAGCGCACCCUCAAACAGGUCCGGCUCCAAGGAUUAACAGGAAAUGUCCAAUUCGACCACUACGGGCGCAGAGUCAACUACACUAUGGAUGUGUUUGAGCUGAAAAACAACGGCCCUCGAAAAAUUGGCUAUUGGAAUGAUGCAGAUAAGUUGGUUCUGAUCCAAGAUCAAGCCUUGCUUACAAAUGAAACCUCUGGAAUGGAGAACAGGACUGUGGUCGUGACAACAAUCAUGGAAGGACCUUAUGUGAUGCUGAAGAAAAACUGGGAGAUGUACGAGGGUAAUGACAGGUAUGAGGGAUACUGCGUGGAUCUGGCAUCUGAGAUCGCCAAACACAUUGGCAUCAAAUACAAGAUCUCGAUUGUGCCAGAUGGGAAGUAUGGAGCCCGGGAUGCAGAGACCAAGAUCUGGAACGGGAUGGUUGGGGAGCUGGUGUACGGGAAAGCGGAAAUCGCUGUGGCUCCACUGACUAUCACAUUGGUCCGGGAGGAGGUCAUUGACUUCUCCAAGCCCUUCAUGAGCUUAGGCAUCUCCAUCAUGAUUAAGAAGCCCCAGAAGUCCAAGCCAGGCGUGUUCUCCUUCCUGGACCCUCUAGCCUACGAGAUCUGGAUGUGCAUCGUGUUCGCCUACAUCGGCGUGAGCGUGGUGCUCUUCCUGGUCAGCCGCUUCAGCCCGUAUGAGUGGCACACGGAGGAGCCCAUCGAGGGCGCCGACAGUCUGCCCACUGACCAGCCCCCCAAUGAGUUCGGGAUCUUCAACAGUCUCUGGUUCUCCCUGGGUGCCUUCAUGCAGCAGGGUUGUGACUUCACUCCCAGGUCUCUCUCUGGUCGUAUCGUGGGAGGUGUGUGGUGGUUCUUCACCCUCAUCAUCAUCUCCUCCUACACAGCCAACCUGGCAGCCUUCCUCACUGUGGAGAGGAUGGUGUCACCCAUCGAGAGUGCUGAAGACUUGGCAAAGCAAACAGACAUAGCGUAUGGCACUCUAGACUCAGGCUCCACCAAAGAAUUCUUUAAGAGGUCAAAGAUCGCUGUGUAUGAGAAAAUGUGGGGUUACAUGAAUUCAGCCGAGCCCACAGUGUUCACUAAGACCACAGCAGAGGGCGUGGCCCGGGUGAGGAAGUCCAAGGGGAAGUAUGCCUUCCUGCUGGAGUCCACCAUGAACGAGUACACAGAGCAGCGCAAACCCUGUGACACCAUGAAGGUCGGAGGCAACCUGGACUCCAAGGGCUACGGAGUGGCUACGCCCAAGGGCUCACAGUUAAGAACGCCCGUAAACCUUGCCGUUUUGAAACUGAGUGAAUCAGGCAUCUUAGACAAGCUGAAAAACAAAUGGUGGUACGAUAAGGGCGAGUGUGGACCCAAGGACUCGGGAAGUAAGGACAAGAGUUCGCAGGCCCUUAGCCUCAGUAAUGUGGCUGGGGUCUUCUACAUCCUGGUGGGGGGCCUGGGCCUGGCCAUGCUGGUAGCCCUCAUCGAAUUCUGCUACAAGUCCCGAAACGAAGCCAAGCGAAUGAAGCUGACCUUCACUGAAGCCAUGCGGAACAAGGCUCGCCUGUCAAUCACAGGGAGUGUGGGCGAGAAUGGACGCGUCCUCACCCCUGACUGCCCUAAAGCUGUCCACUCUGGCCCCUCCCUGCGACAGAGCUCUGGACUGGCUUUGGUAUCAUCUGACUUGCCAUGAAAACCAAAAACCUUUAAGUGCCUUAAUUCCACCUAACAUCAAACAGUAUAACAACCUACCUAGAGUAGCAGUAACGUUACAGAGCUGAGCCAUCACCACAACCAGUUUUUAGAAAGCCGAAACAGAGCCCUUUGGCCACUAACUAUACUGGAAAACAACUGGCAAAGACAUUAUAGAUCAUCAGUGUGGGCCACAAUGAGAUAUUGAUCACAGAAUGUGAGAAGUCAGUGUUCGAAAGCUGUGUUAAGAACUGCCAUUCAGGGCUGCACUGGCAGAGCAAGUUCAGCAGUGAGGAUGAAGAGGGUAAAAGGACCACAAAACUGUCAUUUUAGAACACAGCAUGGAACUUUGAUGAUUUGUUGGGAAAAAUGAGGUGCAACUAUGUUUGUUCCAACACAAGGCCGUAGACCUUGCCAGCCUGAAGCACUGACAUGGAAAAGCAUAACUGAUAGUUAAAAUGGGCAUUCACAUGUACAAGGCAUUUUUAGAUGUAACAUGAAUAAUAUUCAAACAGUAUUAAUUAUGAAUACUCACUAAAAACUGUGAAGAAGAGUAAAUGUAUAUUCUCUGAAAUCAUAACGAAAGAAAUUAUUUACAUUUCUCUGUAAAUAUAAAUAAAGACUGUAAAACUCGCUUGCUUUUUAAACAAAUGUAAAUAGCUGAUUCUGUAGUGGAUAAAGUAUAAUUCUCUUUUUUAACCAUUUAGAAAAUAAUUCAUUGCAAUAAUGAAUAGAAAAUUGUGAAGAAAUAAAAUGGUUUAUUUAUAUAGACACACAGUAUAUGAAGCUCCAAAACUGAAUUCAAUGGGCGUGAUAUCAACUGCAGUGAAAAUGUGCUCAGCCCAGACUUGGGGAAGGGCAGUUUAAUGGUAUAUCUAAAUAAAAGCCCACCCCCAGUGCCAUGCCCUGCAUACUCACUGUGCUCUUGUAGACCAUGGAACUUUCUAGACUGUUUUAUUUUGCUCAGAAAAAGAUUUUAUUUUUUUUAUUUAUGCGGUUGUUCAUGUCUAAAUUUUCAGUACUUUAAUAUUUUACUGUCUGCCUGUUAAUUUUAGAGCAGCCAUGUGUUUAUGAAUCAAAUAUCAAUAUUUAUGAGUAGUAGGCAUUCUUAUGCCUUUUCAAGAAACAAAAAAGCGGCAACUGUGUAGAAAAGAACUCUGAAACUCUGAAGACACUGUAUCGUUGAGAGCCAUGGUCAGAGCCUUGCUUUGGCCCUUUCUACAAAACACUGUGUAACCUCAUCCAGGCCUUGAGAGUGUUCUCCGCCAGAAUCUGUAGCAAUGGAGCCAUCUCCAGCCAGAGGAAUGAGUCUGUCUACAGAGAUCACAAGAUUUGAAUGGAUGUCCACAUUAAGGACACUGAAACCAUCACUUGGCUUCAGGACACUACAAUGGGACACUGCUCUAUGUCAACUAACUAUUACCCAAACCUCUUGUACACAGGCAUUUUACCUUAAAAAGUGCAAUUUCUGGUCUGUUUUUAUGUUAUUUUCCUGUGUCCUCUAUCUGUGGUUGUUUUUAUGUCUUUCUCACUCUCAUACUGUCUUACUCUCAGAGACUCACAUAUAUAGUUGCUGGAAAAGUAAAGUACUCAAACUAUAGUAAAUUCCCUCAAAAAAAUAAGAUGUGGAAGUUAAAUCAGCUUAAGUAAAACAUGUUUGUAUUGUUCACCUUGUAUGAUUCAAACUACAUUUUCAGAAUUCACAAAACAAUGAUAAUAUAUUUACAGACAGUCCAAACAUUUAAUCUCUGGAAACCAUUAUUAAGCUUACACUAAUGUAAAGUUAUGUUGGACUGUAUGAUAGACAUAAGGAGUUUUUGUUUUCUAAAAUGUACUUUUGUGUAUUAGAAAAAUUGAGCUGGAUUAAGUGCCAUUUUUUCUUUGUUGUAGUAAGGUAAAAAUUAAAGUUGCCAGAAAAUGAGUUAACAAUCCAAGUACAGAACCUUGACAAAUCUACCUACAAACAAUGAUGAAGUACAUGUACUCUUAUUUUCUGCCACUGCACAGACACAUUUCAGUAUAGUGGCCCUGAUACAGUGCGAAUUGUGUUAAACCAAUUGUGCAUUGGUUUAAAUUGUAAAUAUUUAUUUUGGUCUUCUUUUUUUUUUAGUAAAAUACUAAUGCUAAAUA